AGAGACUAGAGAGAGAAGAGAGGGGCAGUUUGGGACUCCGAUGAGAAACUAGAAAUUGAUAUUAAUUUUAUAAAUUUGGCCGACAAUUAAAGGCUCUUUCUUCUUAUUUCUCAUCCCCACUGGAGAGAGAAAUUAAAACACCAACCUUGCGAGAUGAAGGCCAACUGCGAGCUAUGCAAGGCUCCGGCCAGGAUCUUCUGCGACUCCGACCAGGCAACCUUGUGCUGGUCCUGCGACGCCAAGGUUCACACCGCCAACUUCCUAGUCGCCAGACACUCCCGCACCCUCCUCUGCCGCACCUGCCUCUCUCCCACGCCGUGGAAUGCCUCCGGCGCCACCCUCCCCUCCGCCGCCACCCUCUGCCACCUCUGCGCCGCCAAUGACCACCAAUUCGACAACCAGGUCGUGCCAUGGUCCUCCUCCGCCCCGCCGCCGAGCUCCUCCAGCAGCGAAUGCUCCUCCUUCACCGCCAGCAAAAACCACCACCAACAUGCUUUCGUCUCCGAAUCCGAAACGACAGCAACAUCCUCGUCCAAACGACACCGCAAGGACGACAAUGAUGAUCCUCGUCCCCAGGAGCGUGAGAAGGGUUGGGCGUCAAAACGUAGGUGCCGUGGGAGGGAGAAUCGUCGUGGUUGAUCGAUAAUACGACGGCGUUUGGUGUUGUGGAAAGUGAGGGUUUCUCAGCCGCACGAUCCACCAAGAUAUUUUAGCUCUUUCAUCAUUAACUUCUAAUCUAACCGUUUACAACACUUGCUGGUUUCUGACCAUAGGUUUAUGAAUUGUGUAUUCACGUCCACUUUUCCUUAUUCUAAUGUAGACUUUCUUGCCUUUUAUUUAUAUCAAGUUAAUUAGUGAGAUAAUGCUAUUGCGAUGAGUAUGAAAAGGCAUUCAUUAUA